AUGUCUGAUUCUGAAAUACCUGAUGACACUCCUGCAGUGAUUAUUGACAAUGGAUCUGGGCUCUGCAAAUCUGGAAUAGUUGGUGAUAGCAUCCCUACAUCAGUCAUACCAUCUGUUGUUGGCUGCUCUAAAGUCACAAAGGGGUCACGGAGCACCAACCUAAAAGACUAUUAUGUUGGUAAAGCUGCCCAAGCCAGAAGAGAAGUUCUGUCUUUGAAGUACCCAAUUGAGCGUGGCAUUGUGAUUUGUUGGGAAGAGAUGGAGAUGAUCUGGAGAUACAUAUAUGGCUUCGAACUGCAUGUGAAAUCCAAAGAAAGGCCAGUUUUGCUGACUGCUGCUCCAUUAACUCCCUUUUUUAACAGGGAAAGAAUGGCUGAGAUCAUGUUUGAAGGCUUUUCUGUACCAGCCAUGUAUAUAGCCAUUCCCGCAACUUUGGCACUUUAUACAUCAGGGCGCACUCGGGGAAUCGUCUUGGAUAGUGGGUAUGGAGUGACUGAUGCUGUGCCCAUCUAUGAGGGAUACUAUCUACCUGACGCUGUCAAAAGACUUAACGUGGCAGGUGGGGACAUCACUGAAAAUAUUUGGAGGCUCAUGUUGGAGAAUGGGCAUAUCUUUGCUGAGAAAAUAGAAACCGAGAUCAUGCAGGACAUUAAAGAGAAACUGUGCUACAUCUCCCUGGAUCCCAAGUUGGAGAGCAAGAAACCAGUUGAAGAGAUCCAAAGGGAGUACAGAUUGCCAGAUGGAACUCACAUUACGAUUGAAAACGAGCUCUACGCAGCUCCUGAAAUGCUCUUUACUCCAGAGACUAUGAGUUCCAAAGAACUUGGAGUGCACCGAUUGAUGCUGAGCAGUAUCACAAAAUGUGAACAACGACUACACAAGGAAUUGUACAGCAACAUGUUGCUGUCUGGCGGCUCCACGCUCUUCCCGGGAAUGGAGGAACGGUUGCUUAAGGAGAUCAAGUUGCAGACUCCCAGCGGCAUACAAGUCAAAGUCAUUGCCCCACCAGAAAGAAACUACUCCGUUUGGAUGGGGGCCUCCAUCUUAACCAGCUUGGCAUCCUUCAAGCACAUGUGGAUCACAGUGAACGAUUACAACGACUUUGGGCCAUCUGUGGUCAACAAGAGGUGUUUCUAA